AUGAGGUGGCCUCUGGGCACCAGCUGCAGCCACAGCUCCGCCUGGACAAGGCUGCUUCUAACAGGCACCCUGCUCACAUUCAGUACCUGCUCUGCCUCCUUGGAGCUGCCCUCCUCUGUGUCUCUGGACCCCUUGACUGAAGGAGCCGAUGCCCACCUGCCAGUCCCUAGAAGCCUGGAUGGGGUUCUCGCCACCUCUUGGUUCCGAGGGCAUGAAGUCCGGCCAGAAGCCAUGAUCUUCUCUCCCGAGGGCCUCCCAGGGCCUGGCCACACUGGCCGGGAGACGCUGGACACCCAGGGCAGCCUGAUCAUCAGAAACAUGACGACUCUAGAUGCGGGCAGCUACACGGUGGUGCUGGAAACCAGCAGGGGACGCAGGAGUGCGACGGAGCAGAUACCGAUCAAGGCCACCUAUGAUGGGGUGCAGCUGGUGACAUUCCCGGGAAAUAGACAAGGUAUCCUCCGGAGUGAACUCAACUACUCUGUGAUCCUGCAGUGGGCGGCUUUAAUCACACCUGAACCUGUGCUACGGUGGACCUUCAAUGGGAGACCUCGUGGAACUGGGGAAAGGCUGAUUAUCCACAGGUUGUCCAUGAAGGAUCUGGGCACCUACUUAUGCUUGGCCGAGAAUAGCGAGGGAGUGUACCUCUCCCAGCCUGUGACUCUUAUGUUGCCACAAGCGGACGUGGAACCCACAGAACCUGCACCCAUCUCUCGGAACCCCCCGCUCUCCCUGUCGGGAGGAUCUGCCAUUGCUCUCAUCGCGGCCACAUCUGUGGCAGGCUUGGUAUUGGUUGGAAGCGUGCUCUUCACCUUCAUCCAGAAGCUAAGCUGCACCGACUUUAGUCAGGGCUGGAUAACUGCUGUAACAAAUAUCUCCAAAAUGUCAGCGGUGUGA